AUGAACCCAGAUACAGUCGCCUCCAUCGCUGCUGCGCUCGACGCCGGUAAACUCCCCAGCCAAAAGCAGAUCAGUACACACCUGGGUUUCUUACAAACAUUCCUGCGGCGUGCUCAGGCAGGAGCGUCCAAUGUCGCUGAAUCAGCUGGCCAAAACGACGUCGGUAGAUUGAGUGAACAAGGAAGUAUCCUCGUCAAGGAUAUUGAGAACAUUCUUGAGGCAUACAAGCAGCUAGGACAAGAAAAGAAUAGCGAUGAUGUCGUCCAGGAGGCACUUUGGAGCCUCGCCCAAAGCGAUGUGGACGUCAAUCUCGAUGAUAGCAUCCAACGACCAGAAGGGACCGCGUCCAAAGACGAGGCAAACGCAGAUGCACGCCGUCUGGCACACGCGCUUCAUUCCCUCUCCAACGUCUUCUUAGGAAAUGUUGUGUCCUCUGGAUCUCCGCUAUUCGCCGACUUCCUGUCCUUUCUCCGUCUCUCCCUCGCAGAUGUCGCCGAAGGCAUCGAGAACACAGCCAGAGGUGCCAAGGAGAAUAUCAAAAGCAUCGAUGAAGAGGUGAAUAAGGGUCAACGAACCGCUGUUGGGUUCAAGACGGAGGAAACGAAGCAAGCGCAGGCACCGGAAGGUGUCGACUACAACGACCCACAGUAUCGAUUCGAGAAGGGUAUGGAUACCGCAAAGCAUUAUGGAUCAAGCGCCAUUGGAACAGGCCAGCAAAUCAGGGGAACUGUUCAAGCACGCUCUGCCCAGAGCAGGGACAAGAUUUUGGACGCAUUUGACAAGACAUUGCAGCAGUUUCAGAGCGAUCCGGAAUACUCUGAAGCAAUCGACACUCUCUUCGACCUGGCAGACAAGUGGGUCAACAAGUCACUCGACAUGGUCGACCAGGCCACAGAGGCUGCUCAGAAAUCUUCUGUCGAAUCGAAUGUCAAUGAUCAAAAUGGCCAAUUCUCGCAGGCGAUGCGCCAUUUUAACACCUUCAUCGAACGCCUUGCAGGCGGCAAAUCGACGGAGACACUCCAGGAAGCGGUGAAAAGACUCGGAAGGGAUCUCAAGUCGAACCAAGAGGGUCGAGAUCUCCUCUCCGAGGCCAUCGCCUUUGCACGACGCAGCCUGCACGAUUCGGAGUUUGUUGACUCGGAAGAGUUUGACAAACAAAAAGACUCGCUCGUGAAGAGAUGGCGAUCUAUGGUUCACGCCCAGACGGCAGAGUCGAAGCGCCUGAGCACAGACCUCCAGGCGGUCCAAGACGAGCUCGACGUUCUCACCACAGGCAUGAAAGAGGAUAAAGCUCUGAACAAUUUGAAGAACGCGCACGAGAGGCUGGCAAAGGAUCUUGCGAAAGCCGCUGCGGAUGCAGGAAUGGCCGGACAGGUCGGCGUCGGAAUGGUACCAUGGUUGCUCAAGGACCUGUUGAACGUCUAUUUGCCACUUUUGAUCGACUAUGUCAAGCAAAUUCCCAUCCCUAGAACGGAGUAUAAAGACAGCGAUGUCGAGUUUGUGGUUGAAGAUCUGUCCAUAGAAACUCUUCGGGUUCUACCUGGCCAUGCGCAUCUUUCCACCACCGUCGAUAUGGACGUCGAUAAGCCGACUGCCGCUGCCGACGCGAAGACAGACAUCAGCACCCGUACGAAACUUGAGGUCACUGGUGUUCAAAUGCAGCUUCGCGAAGUGUCGUUCUGGUACAGCGAUCCGUCACUCCCCGUCGCAUCGCAGGUGUCUGGUCUGAUGGACAUCACCAUUCCACCAAAGGGUGUCGAUAUCAGUGCCUCCCUCGGACUCAUCCCUACCGCCUCUGGUCGUCAUCGCCGCGAGCGUCACGGCGGUUUCCACAAAAUCUCCAAUGUUUCUGUGACGCUUUCCGACGACACAUCCAUUGGGUUACGCAAGACAAACCACCCCGUGCUGAUCUCGACGUUUAAGCCUAUCGUCAAGAAGCGCCUCAUCAGUACUAUUGAGCAAGUAUUGGCGGAGAAGAUCAAGAUGGUUCUCGAGAUGAUUGACGGUAUCGCUUGGGAUACACAUCUACGCGCCGAGGUGUUCGCGGACGCGGGUCUCACGGGCACAGUGCCAAAGUAUAUCGCAGGAUUUGUGAGCGAGAUGGGUAAGCUUAGGAAGCAGCCUGGGCUGCUUUCAGGGUGGAAAGCUACCGGCAUUGGUCUCGUCAAGGACGACCCACGAGACGACGUGGUGCUGGCUGUCGGUGCAGGACCCCAGGUUAUCUCAGGAGACAAGCAUGGACCUCGCAACACGGCCUCGAGCACCAACGCUGCGCAGGCCAAGGUAGACUCGGUCAAAUCUCAGGCUCCAGGUGGAAAGAGCACCACAGCAGAAACUGCUAAGUCGGCGGUUGCUCAAGCAAAGUCUUUUGCACAGACUGUCCAAAGCAAGGCUGAAGAAGAGAAGCAGCAUCCAGGAUGGCGCUCCAAGGCGUUUGAUCUCUAG